CACUUGCUCAUCGCUCUCCACGACGAGCAAGACAGUAUGCUAGGCAUAGAAGACUACGGCAGCGAUGUCGACAGUGAAAACGAAGUGCCGUCCACUGCAUCGUUGCCUAAAGCACCAUUACCAGCAUUGUCGAAACCCUCUGGUCUCUCUCUCCCACCGCCCAAAUCAUUAAGUGUCUCACUUCCAACACCAGCCAAAACAAAACGCACAAAGAAGAUAGAAAUCACGCUCCCCUCACUUCUUUCCAAUGACUCUGAUACAGACGACCGACCACCAGCCAAGAAAUCCCGAAUCACAUCUAGCAAAGGGGCAGGCGCAUCAUCCCUUCUUAACAUGCUACCCGCGCCUACCCAGCCUCUGCCCUUCAAAUCAAAGAAGGCUGAACGCGUACUUGGGGGCGGAAAUGGUCCAGGGCUAUUGUUCCAUGCACCAGUGAGCGUACAGGAAGAUGGCGAAGGAGAUGGCGAGGAUGCAUCCACGUCUUUCCUACCCCCUUCACUCAAGAAGGGCAAAUCCAACGUCGACCUAGAUCGUGAGGACUGCAAGCCUCAAGCACUGUCAAAGGCACCCGCUGUGAACUUCUUCUCUAUUGGUACCUCUUCGAGACCUAAUUCUACAGUGCCCUUUAUAUCCACGACACCCAGCACAUCCACACCAACCGUCUCAUCUGCUCCUGAGGUGGCCUCGUUCUCCCCCCCACCUCCAACACCUACUGAUCCCUACCCGGGAUACUAUCUCCUCCCCUCCGGUGCUUGGGCCGCUUACGACCAGGCAUACUACGCCACAUGCGUCAAUAAGUGGCAGAAAGAAUAUGAUGCUCAUGUCCGCGCGCUCGAGAAAGGUGAAGUGGAGAGAGAGGCAGAACAAGCAGCGGAGGUCAACAUGCAGACAGAGAUGGAGAAAGCACGGAAAGAGAUAAAGGAGAGGGAGGACAGGAAGGCUCUUACGGGCGUUAAGACCGGGGAGCCAGAAAAACCACGGAUGAACGUACAGGGCGCAAAACUAGGUUCCACAGCCCGCUCACGGCACCAAUUGACAACCCUCCUCACAGAUGCUUACCACAACCGGGAGGCACUGGAGGAGAAGAUCGCACAAGCACGUAGAAAUAGGAAAGAGGCGGGAAAUAAAUAUGGUUUCUAGGUUCUUGGAAACGAUUAUGCAUCAUGUUAGGGAUAUGCUACUGCUACUAAGAGGGUAUGUAUAAUAUCUACGAGAUGGACUAUGCUACAUAUUUAAUAGAUCCAUACCAUGCUUAAUAUGCAAAAGGUCGGACUCGGC